AUGGACGACGGGAACCUCGACUGCUCCUCCAUGGGCAGCUACUUCGACGGCAUCCUCAUGGACACGGAGCAGCUCGCGUGCUGCACCCACACCCACACCUGCAACCCGACUGCCCACCACCUCCCCCACACCCACACCUGCCUCCACGUCCACUCCAAGAUCGCCGCCUCCGCCUCCUCCGACGCCGGCGCGGAGACCCCGGCGGAGUUCGAGGACGCCCACGCCACCUCCAGGAGCAAGAGGCGCCGCCCGUCGGGCAACCAGGCGGCCGUGCGCAAGUACCGGGAGAAGAAGAAGGCGCACACCGCGCUGCUGGAGGAGGAGGCGGCCCGUCUCAGGGCUAUGAACGAGCAGCUCGCCAAGAAGGUCCAGGACCACGCCGCGCUCGAGGCCGAGGCGGCCAGGCUCCGCUGCCUGCUCGUCGACGUCAGGGGCAGGAUCGAAGGGGAGAUCGGCGCCUUCCCUUACCAGCGGCGGCCGGCCAAGGGCGCCGGUCAGGGCGAUGCCCAGGUUAUGAGCUCGUGUGAUUUCAUAGCAACCUGUGAACAACCUCAUAUGUGUUUUCUUUAAUAUUAGAAGAUCUAUGCAAUGGAGAAUAUUAUUCUCUGAGGUGGUGGGCUAGUGCUGAGGAGCGGUUGACAUGGAAGGAGGGAGGACGGUGGCGACAGUCGUCGGUAGGUUGAAGAAACAGGCGAGUUGCCGGAUCUAAUAACGCGGAUCGAGGACACUGACCUAUAUUCUCGGCCAACUAAGGAUCAAACUUUAGAUUUGAUGCCCCACAUCGUUUAGUGUUCAGUAGAUGUCGUGUGAGUGUGUGCUUAC